CUAAUCUCUCCAGUGAGCUGUGAGGACUGAAGACUUUACAACAAAUUUGUUCCAACAACAUGAUCAUUUUGAACUAAAGAAGCAGCUAUUUUUUCUCCUAAAAUAAGAAGAGAAAGAGUCAUGAUGAACAGAGACGGAGACAAGAGCGCAAAGUCUGCGCUCCGGAGCCAGAAACAGCCCAGAGCGCAGCAGCAAGUUUCUGCCCAGAAAAAAAGGAAAGAUCCGGGUGGUAAAGAUGCUCAGAGCGGCUCUCAAUCAGGUCAGUGCGACUCUGAGAAAGACGUGAAAUCAGCGGGGCAGCUGGGAAAACGACCGGGGAAACUGUCAUUAGGUGUCACGGUGGAGUGUCCCGGCGCGCAGAGGAAACUGUCCGAUGCCAGCAACACAUCAGAGGACCUGAGCAAAGACUCCGGCUGCCUGUCCGGGAAAGUGUCCUCCUCAGACAGCAGCUCAGAAAUAUCAGACUGCCCCUCGGAGGGCAACAAUAAGCAGGACUCUCCGAGCAGCGACAAUGAUUUAAGCUGGAUAGACGCGGGAGCUUAUUUGAGCUCGGACAGUGAGGGGAAAGACGACGGCACACCGUGCGUAAAGGUGCCGAUGGACACCUGCGCUCUGCAGUCGGAUGCUGCCGGAGCGGGUCUCGGUUUGUUUAACUCCUCGGGGGCGUUUAUGGAUCUCAUGAUGGGAGAGACGACCGACGACCUGGUGAGGGAGGUGGAAGAUCUGAGAUCAGAGAACGAGUACUUGAAAGAUGAGGUGGAGGAGCUUCGCUGUGAGAUGUUGGAAAUGCGUGACAUGUUCCAGGAGGAGGAGGUAUACCAGCUGCAGGAGCUGCGGCUGCAGCUGGAGCAGGCCAACAAGACCUGUCGCAUCCUGCAGUACCGCCUCCGCAAGGCCGAGCGCCGCAGUAUCCGGGUGGCUCAGACGGGACAAGUAGACGGGGAGCUGGUCCGGAGCCUGGAGCAUGAUAUCAAGGUUGCAAAGAGCGUGUCCCUCCGGCUGUACAACGAGCUGGAGGUGGUGCAGAAGAAGAAAUCCCAGUUGGAGUGGGAAAAUGAGGCACUACGUGAGAAGACUCAGGAACUGGAGGUGGCCAAGCAGGUCUUACAGGCUGAGGUGGAGAAAGUCAAAGAGAAACAUAAGCUGCUGCCACCGACAGCCUUCACGAACCUCCAUCCCUCUAGUCAGGAAUCCUCUCCAUUUCUGCCGCUACACAGCUGCACCCAUCCCGGCCAGUUGUCACCCUCAUCCCUCAGUCACCCUGAUGUCGGUCGACACAUGACCCGGGUGCAGAUCAAUGAUAUGAGAGGCGGGCCAGCAGCUGCCUGGUGCCUGGGCCGGGUGAAGCAGCCUGCCAGUAGAGCUGAGAGGAGGCUCUCUCAGCAGAUCGAGGAUGACAGCGCUGAUCUCAGGUGCCAACUCCACUUUGCCAAAGAAGAAUUAUCUCUCAUGUGCAAGAAGCUCACCAAGUUGGUAUCAGAGAGCGAGGGCAUGCGUGAGGAGCUGGCCAAGUACCACUCGGCCUAUGGCGACAUUGACGCCACCCAAUCGCCUGAGGGCAAGCAAAACUCUUCCCACGGCAGGCAGUCAGAGGUCAAAGUUCACCUGAAGCUGGUGGAAGAGGAGGCCACGCUCCUGAGCCGGCGCAUCGUCGAACUGGAGGUGGAGAACCGCGGACUGCGAGCAGAAAUGGGCGACCUGAGAGAGAAAAUGGGAAGAGGAGGAGCAGAGGAGGAAGAAGAAGAGAGUCGGGAUGUUGUGGAGGGAAAUCAGUCAGUGUCCACGCCUGUGAAGGACAGAGAGGGAAGUUUGAAUAUAGGAUGCACAUCGUACGCGCAGGGUCACGACAAGGUGGCAGAGAAAGGUCAAAGUGAUGUUGGGACUUCAUCGCAGACUGAUGGGACGAUUACUGCAUGUCAUAUUACUCGAGAGGGUCCUGUGGGUGGUGAGUGGGACCCUUCAGACAGUCAUGAGAGUGAUAACAACAAAAAACCUGAAAGAGGUCUUCAAGGAAUGACGGUGAAAGACUAUGAAACUCUUCUAGCUCUCAGAGAUCAUUCCUGUGUUUUGAGUUCAGCCAUCCAGCUCCUGACAAUGCCACCAAAAAAACGGCCACCGCUCAUCUACCUCAUGUGCUUUUACCUCUCCGACAGAGGGAGACUUGAACGGCAAGGCACAGAAGAUAUUCCCACCAGGGCCAGAGGCUUUGGAGCUUCUACAGGCCAUGCUUUUGGCUUUCAUCGGGAGGGUGGAGACACUCCUAUAAUCUCAAAGAGGUCAUCAAGUAAAAGGGAGCGUGGAGAAGACCUCUGCACCUCGGAGGAGAUAGAAAAACAAAUGAGGCAACCAAUGUCAUUGCAAUCUGACCUCAUCCACAACUGUAGGGACCCCAAAAUGCGACUGUCGCUGCAGAUUCUGUGGAUCCUUCAUCAGUGGUGUCAAGUGAAAGGACCCAUGCUGGGGGAAAAAGAGGGUAAAGACAAAAACAUGUCCGUGCUGCGGGGGUUGUUGCAAGACCUGGUUGCAGAGCUUCGGGAUGAGGGAAUUGAAACUGACAGUGAAGUCAAGGCCACGCAGGGCAAAGCAGCUGAGAGUGCCAUUAGUCGUCUCUUUUAUGAUGAAGCUGACAGAGCGUGCAGCCCGAAAGUGACAAGACUCAGGCGACUGUUUUCUCCACAUGGCUGUAAGAGGAAGAACUGGUGCUACGUGAGCCAGGAGGCUGCCCAGCUGGACCGAGAGGACCCCGUUAAGACGUGGGACCAUCUAAUCAUGCCGCUUAGCUUCCCUGAUCUCGACUUGGAGCAGAUGUCCAUGGAGAAGAGCCACACCGCACCAGAGAAGUCUGCCUACCGCAUCUACUACAGCCCCCCGUCUGCUCGCAGAGUCCAGCUGGCUCAGCUAAAGCAAAGCCCCGUCGCAGACAGAGAGUCUGUCAACUCUGGCUCUCCGUGGUGCACACCGCCGACCUCCUUCUCUCCGCUCUGUCUGGGCUCAGCUGCCAACCUCAGCGACGACAUGAAGGAAAUGACGGCCAGCUGGAGGCAGGCGGUGCACGGCAGUUCACAGGACAGGAGAGGCAGGUUCCAGCAGCGGUGGGUCGACGUGGCCUGUUCAGGCACUCAGACUCACAUGAGGCCACAGAUGGUGAGUGUUGGUCUGCAGACAGAUGGGUCGGUCAAUGUGAGAAACAGUCCAUCCAGAGUCCUGAGCUCCUCCCUGCUCUCCGCCCGCUCACACAUCUCCACCUCACUGGACGGGGUCCCCAGCAGAGUCGAGAGGUCCAGAGCCUCCACCUCCUCGCCUAAACUGUACCGGAGACACUCUGCAUCCGGCAUAUCCUCUCCCCCCUCAUCCACCACUCUGACCCCUUCCUCCUCCUCCUCCUCGUCGUCAUCCACCUCUAGAGAUCGAGCACUGUGGAACCUGAACCACCAAAACCACAGCGGCCUCGCAUGGACCCGACAAACCAGCCAAAGAGUCAAUGCAGGACAGAACCACAGCUCCCUGAGCGGCGCCAAGCCUCCCAGCAAACCUGCGGGCAACAACCGUUACGGCAUGGUCACAGAGUUCCUGCGCAGGGUGAGCGGCCGCGCAGAGAAACCAGUAACGGUACAGGGGUCAGGCCAGAAGACGAAGAGCGGUCUGAAGAGCCUGGAACGCGUUCCAACGAGGCCUCCUGCCGCUCCGCUGCACAGGACUGACAGCGUGACGAGGAUCGUCAACCAGAGGUUCAUGAAGCAGAGAGAGGAGGCCGGCCGGGCUCAGAGGGAGGAGAAGGGGAGCACGCUGAACCACAGUGUCCGACACAGUCCGAGCACCGUCACGACAGAGGAUGGAAACUAUGACUGCAGCUCCAGCAGCACUUUGACCUUCUGCUUCGCCCGCUCAUCUCGCUCCGCCCAGAGACAAACACCAAACCAGAGCAAACUCCACCGACACAGAUACUCGCCUCCAGCGAGCGUGGUCACUGACUCCAACUGUGAGUGAACGGGCGGAGAAACACUGAUACUUCUGGACAGCUGAGAGCGGUCAGAGCGACGGGGAAGGGAAUUUAAAGUGUAAUUCUAAGAUGUAAAGCCUGCUUUACUGCAGGAUGGUUAAACUGGGAGAACUGGUAGACUGUAUGUGGGAUGUUUAGGGUUUAUAGUAUGGCCCUUAAGUUUUCUUUUGGUGCAAUUUUUAAUUCUCAUCUCCUUUUACAGAUAAGUUUUAUCUUUAUUAUAAUCACAAGAAGCUACAGUGUUGCAAAGUUU